AUGACCUCAGUACUGUUUUCAGAGUUACUUGAACGAGAUGUUGUGGCAAAUAAUUCAAUGUAUUUAAGAGCAAUAACCGUAUUUGUUCCAACAAAUAAAGCUUUCCAGAAUUAUGGAGGAAGCAAUGUUGAAGUUCUUUAUCAUAUGUCUACAACACCAUAUGAAAAGGAUCAAUUACCGAAGCCUCCAACACCAGUUGUAUCUGAUAUGGGUGGUAAUCCCCCAUUACAUAUAACACGAAAUCGUGAAGGUGAUAUUUUUGUUAACAAUGCACGUUUAAUACAGGGACGCUCGGUUGUAAUGCACAAUGAUAUUGGAAAAAAGCAGGUUAUGCACGUCUUAGAAGAUGUUUUAGAACCACUGGUUACACUACAGACAGCUAAAACUGAAGUAACUAAUCCGGAUGCAUUCUUAUUUCUGCAAAAUGCAGAUUUUAUGAACAUCGACAACCAUCGCUUAAGGACUUAUCGCUCACAAGUGACAUUGAUGAAAAAGGAGAAUUUAUUUUAUUCACCAGGUGGACAUACAUUUUUGAUGCCAGUCGAUGAUGGAUUCAAGUCAACAUCACGUAGCGGACUUGUUGAUGCGAAAGUUAUUGAUGGUCAUGUUAUACCAAAUAAUGUUUUAUUUACAUCAGCAGUACCAUUAGAUUCACGUUAUACAAGUGAAGCUUAUGCUGACAAUCUUAAAGUUACCAUUAGCUUUUUUAUGCAAGAGAAUAAAAUGUAUGUUAAAUCAAUUACAACAGUAGGUGAUGCAAAACAUCCAGUUGGUGUUGUUAUGGCAGAAAUUGUUAAAAGUAAUAUACCAGUAAGAAAUGGUGUUGUUCAUCUAAUACAGCGACCCCUUAUGAUUGUUGAUACAACAGUUGAUCAAUUUUUAAAAAAAGAAGAUCCGGCUGAAGAAUUAAUGGAAUUUCUUAUAUUAUACGAUGAGGAUAAUGAAAAUGGAGCGUUAUAUAAAUUUCAUCAAGCUAUUAUGGAAACUGGUGGUGAUAUUUUAGAUGAUAUAACGAAAAGUGGUGAAGUAACAAUAUUGGCACCAAGUAAUGAAGCAUGGACUAGAUCAAAUUUAACUGAUUUUUCAAAGAACAAGGAAAAAAUUCGAGAUCUUCUAAAAUUGCACGUAAUGAAAGGACGAAUUGAUGUUGAACAAAUUCGUAAUAAGAAUGCUAUGAUCAACUUAGAAGAAAGUCAAUUAGGUGCUGCACAAUGGUCUACUAUUAGUAAUAAAACUUAUUUAUAUUUCAAUAUAAAAGAAGAUCCAGAAAAUACUGUUGUAACAGUUGAAGGUGGUGGUGUUAAUGCAACACUUGAACAACCAGAUGUUGCACAAACGAAUGGAUUCGUUCAUAUUAUCGAUCGAGUUUUAGGUGUUCCAUAUAAAACAAUUUUAAUGAAAUUAGAAGAGGAUCCUAUGUUAAGAUCAACAUAUAAUCUUGGCCAGUAUUCAAAAUUUAAUGAGAAAUUGAAUAAUACAUUUGCAGUAUACACGUAUUUUGUUGCAACAAAUAAAGCAUGGGACAAUGUCAAUUUAAAAUAUCCUUCAACUCAUAAAAAAUUAUUUAUGCGAGAUUUUAUGUAUCAUUCCCAAAGGAUUUUAGAAAGACAUUUACUUUUAGCUGAUCAUGCAUUUACAAUUGAAGAAUUAUACAAUUUAUCAUCUGGCAUUAAUAAAGUGCUAUUACCAACACUAAGAGAUAGUUUGAGUUUAAAAAUUGAAAAAGAAAAUGAACAAUCUUUAACUGAAGGCGCAAACGAGGAGAAAAAUUGGCCUGAAUAUUUCUUUUAUUGGAGAAAUAUUAAAAUAAAAAUUAUUCGACCAGAUAUUGAAUGUACUAAUGGUAUUAUACACGUUAUUGAUAUACCAAUUUUAGAACCAGAUGAUGUAAGGAAUACAAUUGGAGAUUAAAAUUAAAAACCAUAAAUGGGAAAUAUUUGCCGAACACAGCACUACAAAUAUAAUAAAAAAAAAUUACAAAAAUUAUACAAAAUUUUUUUCCAAAAACAAAAAUAUACAAAAUAUGCAAUUGAAAAAGGAAAAGAAAAUUUUCAAAAACGUUUAUACAUAAAUGUUCAUGUAAAACAAUAAUUAUAAAUGCAAAAAAAAAACAUAAAAAAAAUACUUUAUAUUACCUGUAUUAAUUAUAUUACCUGUAAAGUUAUAGAAAUGUUGCUUUUAUGUUAUAAAUUUUCUUCACUUUUAAAACGAAUAAAAACCAAAUAACAAAACUAAAGUAUAGCUUCUUCAUACAUACAAAUAUAAUGAUGUGUAUAUAUCAAAAAAACGUAUUUAUAUAUAAAUUUAAUAAUUAAUAAAAAAAAAUUAAGAAAAAUUAACCUUAAAAUAAUUAUUGUUCACAAUAAGCAUAAUAAAACCAAAAUAAUAUAAUAAUAAUGUAUAAAAUAGUUAUGAUAAUUAAUUUUAAAAUUAAAAUUAAAAAUGAAAAUCAACAAUAAAAGGAUGAGACAAAAAAUUUUUUUUUAUUUUGUUUCUUAAUUUAUGUAAAAUCUGCACAGGAUGCUGAAAAUAAUGAUGAAACUCAGAAUAAAAUAAGAACAAUAAUAAAUUAAAUAAAAUAAAAAAAUUAAAAUAAAAAAUAGAAUUGAUAGCAAUAAAAGUAAAAUUUUAAUUAUUAAAUUAAUUGGAAAUAAAUUGAAAAUCUAUUAAAUUUUAUUUUUUGAAAAAUAAUAUUUAAAUUCAUAUAGAAAAAAGAAAAAAAGCAAAGAUAAAAGAAAACAUUUAUUUAUUUAUUUCUUAAAGAAAAAAUUAUACAAUUAAAUAUACAAUUUAUUUUCGUGUGUAAACGCCUCUUAAAUUAAAUAAUUAAUUAUAUUAUAAAAAAAAUCUGACAACCUGAUAAUUAAAUAGAGAGACAAAGUUAUUGUUUUCGUAUUGAUUUAUGCCUCAAUUUACUUUAAUUUUUUUAUUUAUUCAAUUUUAGAUAUUUCGGUAAAGUUAUCAUUUGGUUAUUAUAAAUUGACCUUCGAGAGUUAUAUUCAGACUAACAUUUUUUAAACCAAAAUUUAAGUUAGAUAAAACACAAAAAUUUAUUUAAAAAAAGAACAUUAUUUUGGUUUGAAACUCACAUUUUAAUGUUGAAAAUAUUUAAGAGACUGUAAUUAUUAAAAAAGAAGAAAACUAUUUAUUAAAAGAGGAAAACUACUUUAUUUCUGGAAUAUUUUAUUAUUUAUUAACCUUCAAUAAUUAAAUAUUUUAUUUAUAUUUUAAUGUUGAAACUCAAUAUUUUUUUGUUAUCUUACUAUUUAUGCACUUUGCUGGUGAAAAAAAUAAGAAAUUAUUAAAUUCAUAUAUGUACAUAUGUACCUUUCGAUUCAAGAAGCAUUUGCGGUACUAAAGUUUUAUACAUAUUUCGUAUGUUAUAUCAUAAUUUUUACAUUAAUUUUCAAAUGUUGCUUAACUUUUAUCUUUUUCAACUUACAAAUAUAUUGUUUGUACAUUUUCGUGAUUUUAUUCAUAUUUUACGAAGUUUUUAAUUGUUAUAUUCUCCCACAUAUUAUGAUAACAUUUUAAGUAUUCCCUGAAUUCCAACAUUUUUGGUCACUUUUUCAAUAAUAUUAAAAAAAAAUUUUAUAAAUAUUUUCUGUGUUAAUUUUAAACUCACGUUUCCCUUUUAUAGGAUGUUGUUAUUUUCGGGCAUAAAUCUUUACCUUACGUUAAUAUACUUUAUAUAUAUAUAUAUAUAAAUAUUUUGUUAAAAGAAAAGAGCAUCAAUUAUACUUUUAAUAUUCCAAAUAAUCAAUUCAAUAAAAUUAUUAUUUAAUGUAAUUAAAUAAUAUAUUAAUGUAAAAUUCAGUCAGUAGCUAUACGUCAAAUUUUAAAAAGUUAUAUAAAAAAUAAAAUAUUACUUAAAUUUUAAAAACACAUUGAAAUUAAUUUUAUAACAUAGAAAAUCUUAAAAACAACAUAGAAAUUCUUAAUUUAUUAAAAUAAAAAUUAUAAAUAAAUAAUUUUAAUUAGUAAAUUAUUAAUAUUCAAUUUGAAUAAUUUUUUAAAUUACAAAACAAAAAACAAUGUGGAUAAAAAGACCAUAUUUAACUAAAUAAACUACAUUUACAAAUUUUACAACAAUAUAAAAAUUAUCGGUGCUCAUUAUUAAAUUUUUUUUAAUAACAGAAUUAAUUAGACGUAUAGCUAGUGCCUUAUUGUUAAACAAAAACAAACAAAUAUAUUAAAUAUAAAAUUAUUUAAAAGAAUGCAAAAAAUGCUUAAUUAAAUUUAAAUUAAUUUCAUAUUUAAAUAAUUUAUUCCAAAUAUUUAUAUUAUAAUAUUAUAUAAAUUUAUUUACAAUAAAAAUUAUUAUUCCAAAAGUAUUUUUAAAUGAUUGCAUAAUUUUUAAAAAUUAAAUAUUUACCUAUUUGAUUAUUUAAAAAAGUUAAAUCAAGAAAAAAAAAGGAAAAUUAAAACUUCUAUUUAAAAAAAUACCAAAUACAUUAUUUAUUAAAAGUUAUUUUUAAAUUUAAUAUAUAUAGAAAUAAAUAUAAGGUAUAAAAAAAAAAAAUUUAUAAUAUUUGAGUUUUAUUAAAAUAAAAAUGACAAAAAAAAACAUUAUUUUAAACAAAUAAUAUUGUAAAAUAUAAAAAAAAAAUAUGUAAAUUACACGCAUACAACACCAAAAUGCACUCAUUUGUAUAUUUUAUAAUUGUUGCUUAUUUUAAUAAUUUAAGAAAAGAAAGAAAAAACUAUAAUAAUUUUGAUUAUAAUGUUAAAAAUUAUUUCAAAAAAUUAAUUAAUUAAAGCAAAUGACAAGAGAUGAUAAAUUUCCCGUUACUUAAUUAAAAUUAUUUUCUUAACACUUACAUUUAUGGUUAUUCUAAAAUGAAUAAAUAAAACUUCAGUUACUUAUCCAUAUAACACAAUUUUUUUAAAGAAUUCUGCAUAUUUCUACCCGAAUAAUUAUUUCCUAAACUUGAUGUUAAUGUUUAAAUUUUUUUAAAAUAAUAAUUAAUCAUUCUUAAUUUAAUUAAUAAUUAAAUUAUCUAAAAUUAAUAAUUAAUCAUUACUUAAUUUUAAAUAUUUACCAAAGUUGUAAUAUAGAACACUUUUAAUAUAAAUAUAAAAUAUCUAUAUUAAAAUCUUUACUUUUUUUUUCUUCUGUUCAAUAAAGUUUUUUAAGUCUUUUAUCGUGCUUUAAUUAAACCAAAAAAAAAAAAGAAUAAAUAAAAAAAUAAACCAAAAGAAAUAUAAUUAAAAAUUAUAAAUAUUAGAAUUAAAAUUUUGUGUCUUAUAUUCUUCUGUAAUUAGAAAUUAUCACAUUUAAAAAAAAAAAACAAAAAAAAAAAAACAAAA